AUGCACAUAAAGCGAAUGUGCAAUCUGUAUAGUGAAGUAUCUUCAGCCUACACAAGCAAACGACGACACUUUGUGAUCGUUAUUAAAGCUCUUCGCAAAAUAUUGCGAAUGUUCGUGCUUUGCAACAAAAAUGUAGAAAAGAACACAUUGAUGAUCAUUGUCAGAAGUUUAUUUUUACAUGUCAAUUACAUAAAUAAAUCGCUUCAUGAUGAUGGCGAAGAGAGGAAGCAAAGCAGCACUUAA